AUGGGCAGUCGCAAUGAUGAUCUACCGACCAACAUUAGUCUCACCGGGAGUGAUGGUCCCCCAGGGGAGCCUAGUGUACCAGAGGGCGACGGCACUCCAUCAAAUGGCCACAUUCCAGAGGAAGGCCGUGCUCUCGAGGCAGAUGGUGUCACCGGGAGUGAUGGUCCCCCAGGGGAGCCUAGUAUACCAGAAGGCGACGGCACUCCAUCAAAUGGCGAUAUUCCAGAGGGAGACCGUGCUCCAGAGGCAGACGGUGUCACCGGGAGCGACGGGUCACCAGUGGAAGACGAUCAACCAGCGGACGACGAUAGUCCUGGAAAAGAUGAUGAUUUGGUGCAUACGGACAGUGUUGCAGAUGUUGGAGAUAAUAACGAUGGCCCAGCCGAAUAUAGAGCUCUAGAGCAAGAGCGGCCCCGAGACCUACUGCAAGAGCUUAUCAAAGCGAUCGAGGACGGAGAACCGCAGACUGCGAAGAACCUUGUUGCUGAACACAAUGAACUUGCAAACAUGACAUUCACCUACGGUGCAAGCAAAGAGAGCGACAAUUCAGAAGAGCGGACGACUCCGCUAUUGCUGGCCAUCGAGCUGAGUAGAAGUGGCCUCGUUGAGAUUCUGGUCGAUCGAGGAGCAGAUGUCAAUCUCACGGUCAUGAAUGCCAAGUAUUAUGAAGGAGAACCCCAAACGCUCAAGGCAUUGAAAGCUGCAAUUUUGUGCGGUAGUCAAGUGAACCUCGAGGAAAUCCUUGAGCACAGCCUCGAUAUCAUCAACGCAGAUAUAAGUUUCACAAGCGAGGAUGUGACGGGACUUACAAUGGAUGAAAUAACCCCCUCAAUGUUGGCCGUCGCCUUUGAGCGACCUGAGAUCACCAAGCUUCUGGAGGCCAAUGGCGCAGACACAAAAGCCACAACGGUCAAUGAUGAAUCUACUCCAUUUCUGCCUGUUACUAUUGAGACCCAGCUUCGAACUGUCCAACAUUUCAGGAAUAGACGAGCAACCGGAUCUCCUUUGGUGAACGGCGACCAUACCAUGACGCCGCUUCUCGCCGCAGCUCAGACAGGGAAUGAGAAGGUGUUCGACAUUCUAUUGAAGCACAAGGCUGACCCGACAGCUAGUGAAAUUAUGGAAAUACCGCGCUGCAUCUGGCUUCGAAGGGUGGAGACACAACCCACUCUACCAGCAUUCCGAAAGGAGGGUACCUCGCAAUCAUUGAAGGACUGUAAUGACGAGACCGCGCUCAUAGUCGCGGCUAUGAACAAUCAGAAGUCCAUCGUGGAACGGCUGAUCAAAUUCAAAGCGAACAUCGAGAGUCGAGAUAUAUGGCAAUAUACGGCAUUACUGAAUGCCGCCACCUUCCAGGCAAACUCAGUCCUCCCUAGUCUGCUUGACGCGGGUGCAAACCUUGCAGCAAAAACGGGAGCAGGAUUAAACGCACUCCAGCUGGCAUGUGAGAAUAAUGACGGGGACACCGUGCGACUGCUUCUCGGAGUUCCGCCGAUCAAGUUGGCCACGCUCAUGAGAAUCGGCGAUCAUGCGGGAAAAACGGUCCUGGGCUGGGCAAUUUUCCAGAAAAGUGAUCCCUCGAUCAUCUUCCAACUACUAGAGUCCAGUUUCUUCUUUCCGCUCGACCCAGCGCAAGAUGAAGUGCAUCGUUCCCCCAAAAGCGAGCAGGUGCCCAUUGCGAAGUGGCUAUUGAAUGACUCUCGGCGGCAGGAGAUGCUCGGCCAUCAAGUGCCGGUUCUCUACUGGGCGCUACUAAACGUACAAAAAGUGCUGUGUGAAGUUGUCAUGCGCCAGAACCCGGGAAGCCCUCCAAUAUUAGAAGACCGGUGUGGUGCAACAUGGCUGCAUGUGAUUGCUUUAAGUGGGAAUGUGGAUGGGCUUGAAUGGAUGAAAGAUAAUUGGAGUGCUCAUCUUUUGAACAAGGCGAGCCGCGACUUCACACCAUUGCAUGCUGCGGUGGAAAACGGGCAUGAAAAAAUGGUCCGAAUCCUCCUGGAAAAGAUUGACGAGAAAGAUGCCUCACGGGUGUUAGAUGUGAUCUUGGGGGAAGGGAAGGAUGCUGAAAGUGCUAUUGCGGUCGCAGUCGUGAAUAACGAGCCUGAGAUUGAGGAACAGCUUUGGAACAAAUUGCGAGAGUUAUUCGAAGCCAAAAAGCCCUCUGCUUCACCUGGCGUCAGGCAGGAUGGGGAUGACGCACACAGAAAAGAUGAAUGGCGCAACACUGCAGAACGCGUAGUUGGAGCCGCAGCCUGGCGAUACACAACUGGAGAAGAGAAAUAUUUGAAUGGUUUCAUAGAUAUUUACUCGGCUGGAAAGGCAAGGGCGAAAGAUAUGGGGCCUCUGGACUUUGUCGUCAAAUACCAAUUCCCGACCGCCCUUUGGUGGUUGCUCUCCAGCGGGGAGUAUUUUGGUGAGAUCCUGUUCAGGAAAGGGAAUGAGCUCAGAAACUAUGGAGACGGAGGGGACCCGGCCGACGACCGAGAGAAUUGGCCUACUGCUACUGUCAUUAGGAAUCUCCUGACCAACCCUCCUUCGUUGCGUAGACCCAGCAAUGGCAAGCUUUUGCCUGAAUUUGAAUACGAGAGACCCGUCCCUAGACCCGUCCCUCAGACCGACAAAACCUAUGCUAUAGUGCUUGACGUGACCAUUAAGGCCAAAGCACAAACUGCGAUCAAGCUCAAACGUGGGGAAAUCAGGGAAAUUCUGUACGGGCGAGGGCCCAACAGCAUCAUGAUGGACACAGGAUAUCGCGAUCUUCAGGCUAUGCAAGAUGAGCUUUUCAAAAGGAAGACGGCGCUAUCAAAGAAGCCGGCAGCCGAACAACCGUCGGCACCACCGAGAGAGUCAAAAAAUACCACCGGGAAACAGGGCGAGUCUUCAGAUGCGAGCUCGAUGAAACAAAAGCAGAUGCGAUGGUUUCAUAUUCCCACAAACAAUUUGCAAUAUGUCAAGGUAUUAGUGCCCCCUCAUCUUGCAGAACCCUGGGCUAACUGGCAACAGGAUCUCAUGGUCAGAAUAUCUCGAGAGAAAGAGCAUAGUCAAAGCACGCAUCGUCGCUUGGCGAAGCUAGUGAAAAGGAGCUGGGUGGAGAUACCCGCGGGAGGAGAGAAACAUUAUAUGAAACCACGCUGUUUGUUUCCCUACAUAUCGUGGGGUGCUGGACCUCCCAAAGCUCAGAAUCACGGGAAGAACGAGCACAACGGCCAGGACCAUACAGAGCCAGGCUUUGACUCCCAUACCGAACAGCAGGACCCCAAAUCGCAGAGUACCUCGGAGCGGCUUUCGAAGGCAAUAUCGCAACCCAGUCCGCAGCCUGACGAAAAAGUCAGCUGGCCGGAGUCGAAGCAGGACACGCGGAAAAUUGUCCACGAAGCUCUUACCCUAGAUCAGUAUUACUACGACUCGAUCAAAGAUACGUACACAAGGGAUCACGACCAGGCUCUUUCGCGAUUAUUUAAGACUUACAAGGAAAAGAGAGCCAUACAGAGCACACAACCAUACGAGGAGCAAAGGCCACACCAUAAUCACGAGCCGGUCGGCGAGACCUUGACAACAGACUGUCGGGAUUUCUUUGAGCCACUCUCCAGGAGAUGGAAGGAGCGACGGGACAAACAAAUACCACAUAAGCAGGAACGGAAUGAUCAGGACCGGUCGUACGCGUUACAGAAAGACGAAGCAGAAAGCUUUCAAAUCCUCAAGGUCAACCAGCUAUGGCUAUGGAUCCUGCACGACGGUAAGAUCAACACCAUUAUCACCAGCGUGACACAGGAAGUCGAAGAUGGCGAGAAAACCUUCUUGGAACGAGUUCUCGACAAGCUGAAUCAGGCCGAUUUCGACGUUCCCGAAGAAAAGAAAGAGCAAGGCUCAAGCUUGCCGGCAUAUCAGAUCCGAAUUGUGCAAGGGAUAUUGGAUACCGCCCGGGACAUGUUCGAUGCCCGGGACGUUCUGAUCGAUCCUCCCCUUAAGGAAAAGAUCGCACCUCUGGAUGUGUACCGCAGGGCGAUUCAAAAGAUGCGCGAUAAAGAGAUCGAGCUGUUCGCUGGCUUUCGGGAUGCCCUCAACCUCAAGGCAAGGAAGGGAGAGUCGCAAGCAAGACAAACAUCACAGCAGAAUGGAUUAUCCUCUCAAAGGGGCCCAGAACCUCAGAAGUUUUGGGAGAGCAAAUCGACAUCCGAGAAUCCAUACAAGAGGAUCGACGAUGAAACUAACGUCCUUCAUGAGAUCAAGGACAUUCUCGACGAGCUGAACAUUCUCAAAUCUCUGGCGCAUGAUCAAGACAACGUCGCUAAAUCGAAAUUCACUCUAUCGGAAGUCAGUAACGAUAUCCAAGGCAUGGUGCGAGACGCCAUAAGCAUCCAGACCGACAUCAACACAUUGCUUGAUUUGAAACAGAAGAAGGCGGGCAUCGUUGAGGCCCAGGCCACGCGAAGCCAGAGUGACACUGUCAUGAGCUUCACCGUGGUGACGAUCAUCUGUCUCCCGGCCUCCUUCUUGACCAGUCUGUUCGCAUUGGAUAUCUCGGACUUCCCACAUGAGAAUGGCAACCUAGUAUAUCAAGGGCGCUGGAUAUUCCCGAUUAUCUUUGGGGUCUCCUUGGUUGUCUCCGCUUUUUUCGUUGCACUUGCGUACAACGCCAAUUGGCUUAAGAUCCUCAUUCAACGAGGUAUGGAACACAGCAGGCAUUGGGGCUGGUAUGAGACCAUGCGAAAGAGGAGUCAGUCUCUCUUUCACCGCGGUGAGACAAAGGGAGGGAAUCACCAAGAAAACAACGAGAAGCCCCACACAGAACCAGCGACACCAGUAGAGGAGCAAAGUCGCUCUGAAGCCCCCAGAUCUCCGGGCGCUCGUUGGCGGACUGUGCAAAGUAUACUACCUUUCAUGAAACAGCCCAAACCAGGGACCGAUGUGGAAGGCCAACACAAUGCAGAGCGGGCACAGACGCCGAGCUCCCACGAGCAAAACCCACUCAAGGUUUAA